UUCCCAAAAGUUAUGAGCAACGACGUAAAAGAUCUUGUGAACAGAGUUUUAGUAAUUGACGUAUCAAAAAGACUGGGAUGCAUGAAAAAUGGCGCAAUCGAUGUUAAAAAACAUAAAUGGUUUUCAAAUAUGAAUUGGUAUGGCCUAUAUCAUAAAAAGGUU